AUGUUCGAGGACCCCAUCCAAAUCGGCGACGACCUGUACCUGGACGACGACGAAAUCCUGACCGACGGUAUUGGCCGCCAACAUGACGCUUGCUGUACGGGUGAUGCCUCUGGUAACAACAAGAGUGUUUCUUUGGGGCGUUGGGGUACCACGUAUGCGUGUACUGUGGACGCACCGAGUGGCACAAACGCAAGGGAGCGUAAAACCUACAUACCCGCCGAAUAG